GAGAAUCGAAAACAGAUGAGUAAUUUUAAUAGCGAAGAGAUAAAUCGUGGUAGAGUUGAUUUUAAUUUACUCGUACGUAUGCAAAAAAAAUAUAACAUUUAUGUGAUAGAUACGGUAUUUGUUGAUAAAAUUUGCACAAUGAGGAUUACAUUUUUAACAUGGUGCUUCGCGUAUUGCAUUAUUUCGUUUACUACGUUCGGUAUUUGUACCUCCACUGCGUAUGGUCACUUCGAUGAAAAUGAAGAAAAACAUAAAGAACCCAUAAGCUACCAUAAUGGGAUUCCAACAGAACUGGGAAACAAUCGUGCGGAGGAUGAUUUUUAUCAUCAGUAUUCCGUUAAUACGCUUUCACAGGAUACUCAACAACCCAAACCCACUGAUCCAAAGUCGAAAAACAGUCCUAAUGGCAAUUAUGGGCGGAAAUACAAUAUUCAUGACGUUGACACUAAACCGCAUCCACAUAACGAACAACCAAAAUACAAUCUAACAUCCCUGCCACGCAUUGUAAAUCCAGAUUCAAACUACACUAAUAUGACCGAAGGAGAGGACCUCACGUUGACUUGUACCGUGAAUAUAACGUAUUACGACAUAAAAUCUAAUCGAAAUAAGCCGAUAAUGGAGUGGAUUCUUCCGAAUAGUUCCAAAAUCGUGACACAACCCAAAGAACAAGAAUUACAGGAGGAAUUCGGACAUGGGAAAUUAUCGCAAAAAUCAGGAUACUCGUAUCUAUACCGCCCGUAUACCAUCAAAUGGGUUGAAUUAAGUCAUACACUGACUAUUGAUAACCUAACGGAGAAAAACGAUCAAGGCAAUUACACUUGUAAGGUAUUCAACUACAAAAAUGAAGCCACAGUGGGCACAUAUCUUUUAAAUAUUAGCAGAACGUACCUAUACAAUAAUACUUUAGGAAAUCACUCAAAUUUGGAAAUAAUCCUGAAGGAUUUCACCUCGGAACAUCUUGAAUGGAUAGUAAAUCUAACCGCAUAUCCUAUAGCUGCUGUCAACUGGUACGAUCCGAUGCACAAAUACAUAAAUUCAGGUUUAAAAGAAGAUCCCGAAAACAGAAUUGAUGCUACGUACGACGGAAACACUACUAAGUUGAAAAUACGCGACUUGAAAGUCUACGAUUCCGGAAUAUAUCGAAUGAGAGCAUUUCAUUUGAGGAAAGCGAUCACCCUGAAGUUUAAUUUAACUGUAUCUGGAAAGCCGACCAUCCGAAUGUAUCAAUUUUAUCCACAUAACACCCUCGUAUGUGUUGUUGACGCAUUUCCUCGAGUUAAGGCAAUCAAGUGGACCAGGGAGGGCUGCUCGAAUGAAAAUUCCGGAGAUUGCGAGGUUCAGAUUCUUCGCCAUAGAGUCAUGAACGAAUACAGAAUGGCAUCUGUAAUUAAUCUCACAGAACAUGACGAUCUUAAAACAUUCACGUGUGAAGCGAAAAAUGAGCUGGGCGAGGAAAGAAACAGUACACAGUUCAAAUACAUAACCCUUAAGUUCAAUGAGGCUUCUGUCAAUUCAUUCAGAACGAUAUUAUACGUGGCUUUUGCAAUUUUCGUAAUUGUUUUUGGAGCGAUAUUGGUUUUGUUAAUUGUGAUGAUACUAAUUCAAGAAAAUAAAAAUGCAAAUAAAAUACCGAAAAAGAACCGAUUAUCCAUGUUUGACACUAGAGUGAUACGUCAAUUGAAUCCGCGUAUUGAUGUCGAAGAACAAGCUCAUUUAUUACCAUACGACAGCAAAUGGGAAUUUCCGAAAGAAAAAUUGUAUCUUGGCAAGAUGAUCGGCUCAGGAGCCUUUGGACUGAUCAAAAAAGCAGUAGCCGAUGGCAUAGGAGAAACAACUUCACCCACAGCUGUCGCUGUAAAAACCAUAGAACGUAAUAGCAAUCGCUUGUAUAUGAGGCUUUUAGCUUCCGAAUUGAAGCUAUUGAUUUACGUUGGAAAUCACGCGAAUCUCGUCAACCUACUGGGCGCUUGUACCUUGGAUUUCGAUACUAAAAAAGAAUUUUCCACCAUCGUGGAUUACUGCAAGUAUGGAAAUUUGCGCGAUUUCUUGUUAAUCCAUCGAAACAGUUUCAUCAAUCAAUUGAAAGAAAACGACGAAAUAGAUUUUUCAAUCACAAGAAACGUAAAAAGACAUAAAUUACCCAGCAUAAUGGAUAUGCCUCAAAGCAAGGCCAGAAAGUAUCUUUAUCCAGCUGAUUGGCGGUCGUAUUUUCAAGGAGACUAUCGUAUCACCAACAUAAAGUCAGUCACGACCAACGAUUUGAUUCGCUGGUCUUAUCAGGCAACUUGUGGUAUGGAUUAUUUGGCCAGACGUAAGGUCUUACAUAGUGAUUUAACAGCCAGGAAUUUAUUGCUGAACGAUGACAAGACGGUGAAGAUUUGCAAUUUCGGUUUGGCUAAAAACGUUUACCAACAGGAUGAGUAUCGUGAAAUCAAAACAAUACUGCUGCCAAUGAAAUGGAUGGCUUUGGAAUCGAUAAAACUGAGAAAAUUUUCAACGCAGUCUGAUAUUUGGUCAUUCGGGGUGACAAUGUGGGAGAUAUUUUCUUUAGCUGAAAUACCUUUUCCAGAUAUCAAUACCUUAGAAUCUCUCUACGAAAUACUGAAGUCUGGUGACAGAUUGGAAAAACCUCCAUUCGCUUCAAACGAACUAUACGCUCUAAUGAAAGAUUGCUGGAAUUAUAAUGAGACAACGAGACCAUCAUUCAACGACCUAGGCAACAAACUCACUCAUAUCCUGGAACGUAGCAUUCAAUCAAGUUCCAAUGAAAACGAAACACGCAAACUGGAGAUGGCCGAAUUAUAUCAAAACAUUCAUCUUAAAGACAAAAUAAAUGCAUCCCAAGAAAUCAUACUGCAGAUCGCAUCCACCCAUUUAUCUACUUCUAAUUCUAGCGACUUGAAUCGUAAUUCGAUUGAAAUGAAACCACGUAAUUCGUAUGAUGAAAAAAAAUCUCAAUCUAGCGACUUGAAUCGAUGUUCGAUUGAAAUGAAACCACGUAACUCGUAUGCUGAAAAAAAAUCUGAAGAAUGAAUGGACCCUAUGUUUUCUAAUUAAGUACCAAUUCGUUAAUUACAAGUUGGACUUCGAUAUUAAGUAUUUAUGUAGCUCAAGCUAAGUAAUCAUCACUCUGUGCUUUUAAAUUAUCAUUUUCCAUAAUAAGUUUGAUCAUAUAAACUACCUAUACUUAAAGUAAGUACCUAUACCUAUACUUAUAAGGUUUGUAUAAAUUAUGACUAUUUUUAAUUUAUUUUGUAUAUACCUUGACUUUAAUUCAAUUUUAAGGAGUAGGUAGUUCUUUCCUUCUUACAUUUCACUCAUCUCAGUAUUGUAUAAGUAACUAUUAUCUAC